GCCCCUCCCUGCCGGGUGACGUCAUGUGCAUUGGACGGCUGUGGAGCUCAGUUGGCGCUCAGCAGCUCUGACAGAAACAGAAGACGUGAGGAAAAGAAAGCUGCCGUGGAUCAGAGAUGCCGUCUGGAUCAGAUCCUCCAGGAUCUGGACUGAAGUCAGUCAGAAGAUCUCCUCGUCUGUCUCCUCAGGGAGUCAACAGCAAUAAAGGAGACGAGGAGAAGAAAGGAGAAAGCAGCCUGCAGAAGGCGAAGAGGAAAGGAAGGAUGGAGAGAAGCAGAGAGGAGAGAGAAGAAGAGCUGGACGUCAAACUGCAGCAGCUGGAUCUGUCCAGCAGGGCAGCAGCCAGUGGAACUGGUCUGGUUUACACUGAGACCUUCACUCACCAUAAGAACUUGUGGGAUUCCAGUCAUCCAGAGAGUCCAGACAGAGUGACGUCCAUCAUGAAGGAGCUGGAGAGACAAGAGCUGCUGUCACGCUGCGUCAGAGUCGAGCCCAGAGAAGCUACAGAAGAAGAGCUGCUGCUCGCUCACAUGAAACAUUACGUGGACCUGAUGAAGUCGACUCAGACGAUGUCAGAGAGCGAACUACACACUCUGUCUGACAAAUACGACUCUGUCUACCUCCAUCCUGAGACCUUCCAGGUGUGUCUGUUAGCGGUGGGUUCAGUCCUGCAGCUGGUUGAUCGGGUCAUGACCUCUGAACUCAGGAAUGGAUUUGCUGUCGUCAGACCUCCAGGUCAUCACGCUCAGUGCAACGAGUCCAACGGUUUCUGCAUCUUCAACAACGUGGCGAUCGCAGCUCGUUACGCUCAGACCAGACACAAAGUCAGCAGGGUGUUGAUAGUGGACUGGGACGUUCAUCAUGGUCAGGGCAUCCAGUAUCUGUUCCAGGAAGACCCCAGUGUGCUGUACUUCAGUGUCCACAGGUUCGAGCAGGGAUCUUUCUGGCCUCACCUGCCAGAGUCUGACUGUCAGUUUGUCGGCAGCGGACGAGCUGAAGGACGAAACAUCAACCUGCCCUGGAACAAGACGGGGAUGACUGACGCUGAUUAUAUCGCAGCUUUCCAACAACUGCUGCUGCCUGUCGCCCACGAGUUUCAGCCUCAGCUGGUUCUGGUCUCUGCUGGGUUUGAUGCUGCAGUCGGAGAUGAGAAGGGUGAGAUGUGUGUCAGUCCUCAGUGUUUCCAUGUUCUGACUCACAUGUUGAUGAGUUUGGCUGAAGGUCGACUCGUUCUCGCUCUGGAGGGAGGUUAUAACCUGCAGUCGACAGCAGAGGGCGCUGCAGCCUGCGUCAGAGCUCUGCUCGGAGGAGCCUGUCCACCACUGAAUCCGCCCACCGCUCCGUCUGACAGUGCUCUGCAGUCCAUCUCUCAGACUGUCUCAGCUCUCUAUCCACACUGGGCCUCUCUGCAAGUCCUGGAAGGCGCCCCGUUGGCAGAGGCGAGCGUCAUCAGAGCAACAGCCAACGAGGAGAGCACACAGAAGACCAGCCCCGCCCUCUCUGUUGCCACGACGACAGGCCUGGUGUACGACGAGAGGAUGAUGGAGCAUCUGAACAUGUGGGACAGACAUCAUCCCGAGCAGCCGCAGAGAAUCUUCAAGAUCUUCUCCAAACAUCAGCAGCUGGGAUUGGUUGACCGUUGCCAACGCAUACCAGCUCGCUCGGCAACCGAGGAGGAACUCGCCAUGUGUCACAGCGUGCAGCACAUCGAGCAAAUGAAAGGCACAGCGGUGAUGAAGCCCAGAGAUCUGAACAAACUGGGAAACGAGUUCAACUCCAUCUACAUCAACAACCAGAGCUUCCAGUGCGCUCUGCUGGCUGCUGGAAGCUGCUUCAACGCUGUGGAGACGAUACUGACAGGACAGGUGAAUAACGGCGUGGCGAUCGUUCGUCCUCCUGGUCAUCACGCAGAGAGAGACUCUCCUUGUGGUUUCUGUUUCUUCAACACGGCGGCGCUCGCUGCCCGCUACGCCCAGAAAAUGUCCCGUCAUCCACCGCUGCGAGUCCUCAUCCUGGACUGGGACGUUCACCACGGCAACGGGACGCAGCACAUGUUCGAGGACGACGACAGCGUCCUCUACGUCUCCCUCCAUCGCUAUGACAACGGGAUGUUCUUUCCGUCUUCAGAGGACGCCGCUCCUGACAGGGUGGGCGUGGCAAAGGGGGCGGGGUUCAACGUCAAUGUAGCGUGGAGUGGCGGGCGGAUGGGCGACUCUGACUACCUCGCUGCCUUCCAACACGUCGUCAUGCCGAUCGCCACUGAGUUUAACCCCGGGUUGGUUCUGGUGUCGGCCGGAUUCGAUGCGGCGCGGGGGGAUCCGCUGGGUGGAUAUCAUGUGACCCCGGAGGGAUACGCCCACCUCACAAACAUGCUGAUGUCACUGGCCGGGGGGCGGGUCCUACUUAUACUGGAGGGAGGUUACAACUUGUCCUCCAUCUCUGACUCCAUGGCGAUGUGCACCAGUGUGUUGCUCGGCGACCCCCCUCCCUCCCUGGUGACACCCCUCCCCCCUCCUCACCACAGCGCCGUGGCCGCGAUCAACGAGGUCAUCCGACACCACACCCCCUACUGGAGGUCACUGAGGAUACGCAUCCCAGAAUCCGUCCGGGCUUCCCUGCCGUCCCUGAAGCAUCGUGGGAAACGUAGUUCUAAAGGAAAAGGCAGGAAGUCAGACCAGAGCAGCACAGACAAACCACCGCUGCCCCCUUCAGGACAGGAGGCGGACCACAGCCUGGACCAGCUCACUCAGGGAUUGGCCGGUUUGGACAUCAGUCACACCUCGUCCAAUCAUCCCGCUACGUCUACCCCGGUGGGCGGGGCCAGGCCGAAGACCCGCCUCAGCGAAGAGAAGGUCGUCUGCAAUGCUGAAGUGAAGGCGGAGUCAAGUGAGGUGACGCCUGAGCAGAACCAAUCAGCAGAGAGCGUGCAGCCUCAGGCUGUUGCCGUGGCAGCGUCAGAAUCUGUCGCAGCUGGAAACGAGGCCGCAGCCGGAGCGGAGGCGGAGCCAGAGGCGGAGGGGGCGUGCGGUUGGUCGAAGCCUCAAGGAGCUUUCGAGCUGACGUGUCAAGUUCAGAUGGACGGAGCCGCCAUGUUUGUGGUGGACCCUCUGUCCUGGUGUCCUCACCUGGACGCGGUGAAGCCCCUCCCUCCCUCAGGUAUAGAUGUCUUCCGGUCGUGUCAGGACUGCGGCUCUGAGGCUGAGAACUGGAUCUGUCUCACCUGCUACCAGGUGUUCUGCGGGCGUUACGUUAACGAGCACAUGGUGACUCACGGCACGGUGUCCGAACAUCCGAUGGUUCUGAGCUUCUGUGAUCUGUCCGUGUGGUGUUACCUGUGUGAGGCGUACGUGCACAACCAGACUCUGUUUGAAGCUAAAAACGCUGCUCACUUCACCAAGUUCGGAGAGGAGAUCCCUCCGUGGAGCUGAGACGAGGAAGAGGAGGAGGAGGAUGGUGUGAAAACCUAGAAGCUGUCUGUUUUUCUCUUGUUUUCUGUCUGUCUUCCCUCAGCAGCGUGUGAUUAGACUCAUGUGUGUUGCCAUGGAUACUGCAGCCAGCUAGCAGCAGUGGUGCUUUGUUGGAAAUGUAGUUGAAUCCAGUGACAACUACGGCGUCCCACAACUGCCAAAAGAACAAACAAACUCCCAUGCAAAAACAAAAAUACAAGAUUGUUUUUAUGUUGUUUUUUUGUUGUUUUGUUUUUUUUAACUGCGGCUCGGUGCUAAUCAUCAGCAGCAGGUUGUCGGUUCGAUUCCCUGACAACGUGACCAAUCACCAGCAGCCUUUGGACGGUUUUAUUUUAAAAAAAAAAAGAAAAAAGAAAUUCUGAUCAGAAACAUCAGGAAAAGACUCUUUAAAUACUGUCAACAGAAGAAGAAGAAGAGUUCUGCUUCACAGCGAGUUAGUCAGUGGUCACAGCGGUGAUGAUGUCACAGCGGUGAUGAUGUCACAGAGAAACACGCCCACAAACUGCAGAGUGAAGAAAACUGAAGAAGAAGAAAAACUUGAUGUAAAAUACUGGAAACAUGUUAGAAAUAUUCAUAUGCAUCUGCAAAUGUCUUCGAUCAUUUUAAGAAACUACAGACAGAAACAUUUGAUGAAGAGAAUUUUGGAGUUUGUGGCUAAAAAAAAAAACAAAAAACAAAAAAAAAAAAGAAAAACUAAACUCAGUAAGUUUGUGUUAAACUGCAAGUUUUGGACAAAUAAUUUGAAAAUGUUAAAAAUGUUAAGAAUUCAACAUAAAGUCCACGAAGUUCUGCCACUUUCAUCUCUGAAGUUAAAUUUUUUUUUUUUUGAAAGAAAAGAUUUAAAAAUGUUUCCUGUGACGUCGCGGCGAGGAGCAAAGAAACACUGCGGGUGCGUUUGAUUGUCACACCUGCAGGAGGCUGACGGCGUGGAGACGUUUCUGCAGUGAGUCGGGAUAAAAGUUUCUCUGUGAGGUGUGUUCGAUUUACACACUGUGUAAAAGGCAGCGUUACCGUGGCGAUAAGAGGAGGCCUGUGAGCUGUGCAAUAUUCUGUUUCUGAACAAACGUUUGUUCUGUUUUCUGUCUGUGUUUUAUUACUAUUAAACAUUUGUUUGUUUGUAUGGAA